UGCUGUAGUCGAGAGUCAAUCUCGCACUACAUAUGUAUGCAUUUAAUUGACAUUUAAUUGAAUAUACCAUUGAAUUGCUUUGAAGACAUCACCACAACCACAGUGUCGGCCAAAAUGUCUGUCAAGGGAUCCCUCACUAAAGAACUGAGUGAGAGUGUGUCUGCACUUCUGGGCCAAAGUGUGAAGAUAUCACUGAAAUGUUUGGUCAAAAUGGAGCUGAAGAGCGACAAAACGGAUAACAAGAUCUUAGCCUUCAGUGCGUGUCGUCUCUUCAUUUUGACGGCAAAAGUGUCCACAAAAAUAGAGCAAACUUUUCACUACUUAGACAUCAAUUCAAUUGAAAGCAAACGCAAGAAUCAGUUGACGAUUGGCAUCACAUCCGAGAACAAGUCAUACACUUUCUAUUCAGUCGAUCCCAACAACGGCGAGGAAAUCAAUUUAAUGAUAAUACAAUUGGGAACCGCUCUCAAGACUAUCUUUCCGCACAUAUCGCUCGACUCAUUCAUCCGUCGGCUGGAAGUGGAGCCGAGCGCUCGGAUUCAGUCAAUGAUUGAAUACAACCAGAGUGUCGAACAGAGGGCUAACCUCAACACCAUUGAGAACCCGUGCGGAGGCUUUUCCACUCAAUACGCCUGUCUCUGUGAUUACUUCGGUGGUGUCUAUCGUGAGGAAGUGGUCUGGGAUGUGGACACCAUCUACUCGACGCACAAUAACACGGAGUUCUCACUCCUGGACUUUGAGCACUUGGAUCCCAAAGACUUUAUUGCAAUCAUAGCCGCGCUUUCAUAUAACGGAUGGUUCACUAAAUUCAGAGCCAGUAAUAUAAAGGUGUUCUCCGGACAUAUGAUGCCUGAAGUGGCGGAACAGAUAUAUAAUCUCGUGAAGAGAUCUACUGUUUUAGAAGAUUUAUAUUUAGAUAACACGGGUCUUAAGAACGAUUCCGUUAACAAACUAUUUUCAGCCAUUUUGACCAACAGCCAAACAGCCAUUAAUUUCAUCGAUUUGUCCAACAAUUUAAUUGAAGAUAAAGGCCUCAAGUAUUUGAGUGGAUUUGUCGCCAAAUCAUGUCAGGGGAACACCAUUUCAGACGACUCAUCCAACUCAUCAGUCAAUUGUGUUGCAAUGAAACUAAACAAAGGCUUAACUCACCUCAACUUAAGCCGCGCCACCAUCACAAGCAAAGGUGUUUCUGAACUCUCGGAUUCGCUAUCACUUAACAAAACGAUUCCUUUGUCCCUAACUUAUCUCAAUCUCAGUGAUAAUGUCCUUAAAGAUGACGUUAACAAGUUAUACAACUUCUUAGCGAAACCUAAUAACAUAACUCAUUUGGAUUUGUCGAACACUGAGUGCUCUUUAGAGACGGCUUUCGGUGCUUUCCUCAGGGGUUGCACUCAAAAGUUGGUUCACUUAAACCUAUCGCGCAAUCAGUUUAGUAGUAAGAAGAGUCAUAAGGAUGUGAAUCCUCCGCCGUCUUUCAAAGCAUUCUUUUCAACGACGGUUGCCCUCAAAACAUUGAAUUUGUCGGCCAAUCGAUUGCCGGCGGAAGCGUUGAAAGCAAUGCUUUUAGGGUUUGCCUGCAAUGAGAUCGCAACAGAUGUUCGCAUUAAUCUCAGUUCAAAUGACUUGAAAUCAAGCGGCGCUACGGUCUUGGAGUUUGCUUUGGGAGGCAUUCGAUGUAUCAGUGGAUUAGAUUUAAGUGAUAACGGGUUUGAUAUCGACGUAACCAAUGUCAUCAACUCCAUCAGCAAAAAUAAAUCUAUUAAAUACUUAUCAAUCGGUAAAAACUUCAAUAAUAUUAAACCAAAACAUAUGCCUCGAGUUCUUGAAUCUCUUGUUCAUCUAUUACAAGAUGAAGACUCGGUGUUGGAAUCACUUUCUUUAGUUGAUUCAAAACUUCGAGGCGACACUUGUCUUGUGAUCAAUGCUUUGGGCUCUAAUCAAUCAUUAGUGAACAUCGAUGUGACCGGGAAUCUGAUGGGUCUGUCUGGUGCUAAAACUCUGGCGAAAGCACUUCAAGUGAACUCCAAAUUAGAGACCAUAUAUCUGGACAGAAAUAUGAUUCCAACGAUGGGUUUUGUGGACAUCGCGUACUCUCUCGAAAGGAAUUAUACGCUCAAGUAUAUGCCGGUGCCGGUGCAGGACGUACAGACAGCAAUGGUCAAAAUGGCCGAACGCACUGAAGCGGCCGUCACUAAGAUUCAGGAACUCCUGCGACGAAACCAUUUGCCGCAAACCAUACUGAAGAACAGUCGCCUCCACAGCCAUCACAUGCAAAUCGAUUCCAAUGUCCUGCAAAUGGUCGACAAAUUGGCCGUUCAUUUAAGUGAUGUCUUAAACAAUGGGCUAACGAAUGAGAAUAAAAAGUCUUCGGAAUCGUUUGAAGUGACCGCUAAAGACGAGGAGAUCUUAAGGGCCGAGAGUUAUCUGAGAGACGCAUCGAAUGCCAAACACUUAUUGUCUCAUUUGAAUCAAAAGCUCAUAUAUCCGGAGAUCAAUGAAAGCGGUCGCCGUUUGUCGACGUUUUCUAUUUGCAAACCAAUUGAAGUAAAACUCAUCGAAACGGCGCUUGAGUUGAAGAAAACAUUUGAGGCACACAUUAAUGGUGUGAUCGCAUCGAUGAUCGAAACAAUUCAAGAACAGUGUCCGCACGUCAUCGCAGACAGCGAUCGCCUUCAGAACGAAUUGCACCGUAUCUUCAAUAACACCAAAAACUCUCCAUUACUUCCUUCGCUCAGUUUCUUUCAGACGUGUUUGGCAGACAGUGUCGGCGCUCUUCUCACCACUAAAGUCGAGGAAAUACUUCAGGGAAUCGCGGCUCAGAUUUGUGAUAAAGUGCUGAUAGAAGUGAGCGAUUGUCUCUCUUCCAGUCACAGAGCACUCACAGGACAGGAGACCAAACAAUCUCUCAGUCAAAGGAGUUCAACGCCUGAUGUGUUGCGCAGCAGGACUUGGAUUGAAGGCAAUUGUUCCCGAGAGUCAUCCACUGAAGGAAAUCUAUCCAUCGAAGGUCACGCCGAUGAAGAGUCCACUGUUUGGUUGGCGUGGCUUAACUUAGCGACUCCUAAGCAAUCCACUCAAAAGCGUCAAAGUCUUUAUGUCCGAAGACUUAGGCCUCAAUCGGUUUUGGAUGGCUUAACAUCUAAUGACAUUCCAGAUCUGUUGCCAAAGACGUCCGACAGUUCCAACAGUGGUUUAAAUUCAAUCGAUUCUAGUCUACUGACGUCCACCAGUUCUGACAAAUUGGAACAUUUGGCUAAAUCUCGACCAAAAAAGCCUAAAACUCGAGCCCCGACUCGAACUCCGAUCACACAGACUGUCAAAAUAGAAACUAAAGAGGAGUCUGUCGUCAACGAUGAGAGUGAAAGAGUGGAGAAAUUAGACGAAGGUUUGGAUUCAUUCUUCAAGAAGACGGCGGCUGUGGAGGUGCCACCAAAACCUCAGGCCCAGCCCAGGGUCGGUCUCUUCAAGAAAUUUGGAGUCAAGUCCGACGCCUCGCAUCUCAAGACAAUUGAGAGCUCAAAAAAGGGUACAAACGAUGAGACAAGUGUGAGUACAGGUGCCGCCCAGACAUCACUUUUAUCAGCACGUAUAGAUGAAGUGACCCGUUCCCGAUCGUCACCUAAUUUGGGUAAUAAGAGGGCCUCUCAGCCCAUAACCGUUGCCCGAAACAACUCUCCCGGCGCUGAAGAGAUCAAUCAGAUAUUAGAGUCCAACGAGAGAAUGACGAGCCCUUUGCCUACUGAACGCUCCGAUAUCUUGGCUGAGAUGAGGGCUAAACAAAGUCGAAGAUCGUUAGCGCCCACUCCCACCACACCUCCCGUUGCGAGCAUUGCGGCCACUAUUGACUCGAACCCAUUGAUCAAUAACGCGAAUCCAUUACAAGGGAUUAAGUUGAGGGCCACAGUGUUUGGAGACAUCUUGAAGUCUCCCAACAAAAUACAGAGCACUGCCAACGAAGACAUAGGUCUCAGCACAUCCUAUACAGACACCAACCGGUCAUCGGUUGGGCGCCAAUCGAAUCCUCCGCCACUGAAACAAAGGCCAAAGUCAGUGGUGGGUCUGAUUGGAGCCAAAUUCGAGUUGUCCUCAAAUAGCAAAGAAGAACUCAUUGAUUCGGAACCCGAUGUCAAACACAACUCCGAAUCCAAUAAAAGUGACAAAAACGGAGCCAAAAAGUCCUCUAUUUUCUCCAAGUCUCGCUCCAACUCUUCCUCUUCUAACUCUUCGCUACAAAAAUAAGUUACCAAUCAUUUCAAGUCAUUAGUCGUUCAUUAAUUCAAUCGUUUUUGUGCCAAUCA